GUUGAGCGCUCGACGAGAGCGCACGUCCGUCGCGCGUGUAACAUGUGCUUCGAAACGAAUGCGAUGUCCCAAAACUGAUUUAAGUUCGACAGCAACUUAAUCCCAGUGUUGUGUGUAGUGAUGUCUGCCGAACAAGCCAGUGAGUGCGCAGUGAGCAUGGUUCAGUCGGUGCAGUGCUGAGUGCUGUGACUCACUCGAGGCGGCGCUGUUGAUGCUGUUACACAAAUUGGAUUUCCUCAUGAUAUACUGUAACAGAUAAAUAGCCAUGGAGAGCCGGGUGGGCCUGGACUACAUAGUGGAGCACGCGGAGUAUGCCGGCAAGCUCGCCGCCGCGCUCACCUCGCCCGCCGCGCCGGUCAAGAAGCAGGUCUUCGAGUUGCUGUCAGCAUUAUGUGUUUACAAUGCGGACGGAUAUGCUCGGGCUGUGGACACCCUCGAUCGGUACAAGACCAUAAAAGGCGAGCGCUACCGCCUGAACGUGGUGGUGGAGGAGCUGAAGAAUGCGGCCACGGUGGACUACAAGACCGCGCUCGUGGCCUUCAUCAACUGCAUCAUCAUCUCAGCUCCAAGGCUGCCUGACAGGAUCAGGGUCAGGAAUGAGUUCAUUGGUCUUGGACUUCUCCCAACACUCAACAACUUAAGACAUGAAGCCGUCAGCCACCCAGACCUGGGCGUGCAGCUCGACGUGUUCGAGGAGCAGCGGGAGAGCGACGAGGCCCAGGGUCCUGGAGGAAUCAACCUGAACUCCCACUUAGAUGUGUUCUACGCCAUACUUAAACAGGUCGCCGAUACGCCGCAAGAGAUCCCAUUCCUGAGCAUCCUCCAGCACCUCCUACGAAUCGACCCUAAGGAGCCUGUCAGCGACAUAGUAUGGGACACUGCUGAGACGCUGGUCCAUCGUGCUACCCUUCUGGAGAGCAGGGAAGAUGCUGCCAAGCUGCUCAGGGCUCCUAGUGUCCAGGCCAAGAUGGGCUGCACGUGCCAGCACCGGGACAUCUCGAGCGCCGGCCGCAAGCAGAGCCUGCAGCGAGCGCUGUCGCCGCCGCCGCCGCCGCCGGUGCCCGCGCCGCCCAUGAUCCCGCCGCCUCCCGCGCCGCUGCCGCCGCCGGGCCCGCCGCCGCCGCCCGCGCCGCCGUCCGCGCCGCCGUUCGCGCCGCCGUCCGCGCCGUCGCCCGCGCACGUCACGCUGCCGCAGCAGGAGACGCCCAUGCCCAAGACCAAGAUGAAGACCAUCAAUUGGAACAAGAUACCUGACAGCAAAGUAAUCGGCAAGAACAACAUCUGGUCUCUGGUCGCGUCCAGCCACAAGCACUCGCCCAAGGCCGAGCUAGACUGGAGCGAGAUCGAGGGACUCUUCUGUCAACAGAUCCAACCGACGGGCUCGGCAGGGUCGUCGCCGCGGCUGGGCCGGAGCCCCGUGUGCGACAGCUCGGGCGAGCGGCGCCCGCGCAAGGAGGCGUCCGAGAUCACGCUGCUCGACGGCAAGCGGAGUUUGAAUGUCUACAUCUUUUUGAAACAGUUCCGAAGUUCCAACGAAGAUAUCAUCCAACUCAUCCGCGAGGGUGCCCACGACGACAUCGGCGCGGAGAAACUCCGCGGCCUCCUCAAGAUCCUGCCCGAAAUAGACGAGUGCGAGAUGCUGAAGGCUUUCACGGGUGACGUCACCAAGCUAGGGAACGCUGAGAAGUUCCUGCUGCAACUGAUCCAGAUUCCCAACUAUAAAUUAAGGAUAGAAUGUAUGCUGCUGAAGGAAGAGUGGGUGUCGACCGCUGGAUACCUAGAGAGUGCCAUCAACGCUAUACUGGUGGCUGGGGAUGAUCUGAUGAACUCUAGAGCUUUACAGGAGGUGCUGUACAUAGCACUGAUCGCGGGCAACUUCCUGAACGCGGGCGGCUACGCGGGCGGCGCCGCCGGCGUCAAGCUGGGCUCGCUGCAGAAGCUCGCCGACAUCCGCGCCAACAAGCCCGGCAUGAACCUCAUGCACUACGUCGCCAUGCAAGCAGAAAGAAAGAACAAAGAGUUAAUCCACUUCGCGGACGACACCAGGGUUUUAGAGGAAGCGGCCAAAGCCAGCGUGGAGCAACUAUACAAUGAGAUCAAGACCCUCAGCCAGAGGAUCGGAGUCUUGAAGAAGGAGAUUCAGAUGCCGCUCACCCAGCAGGAUAUUAAGGAACAGAUGGGGGACUUCUUGCAGGUGGCAGAACAAGAGGUGUCAGCAUUGAACAAAGAUAUGGAAGAGGUGGAGAGUAUCAGGAAACAGCUGGCCGAAUUCUUCUGUGAAGACCCUGUUUCCUUCAAACUAGAGGAAUGCUUUAAGAUAUUCGUGACGUUCUGCAACAAGUUCAAGUCGGCGGUGGCGGACAACGAGCGGCGCCGCGCCAACGAGGAGCAGGCGGCCCAGCGCCGCCGCGCGAGAGACGCUGCUGCCGCACGCACGCGAGCCACUGGAGGCAGCGUAUGCACCACGCCAGUGUCGGAGUGCGAAUCUCUGAUGGAAUCACUGCUGCUAGACAUCAGGAACGGCCUCGGAAGGAGGUCCUUGAGGAGGCCCCACGACCCGUCACCAUCACCAGACGUGACGCCCACGGGCAGCCUUCGACGCCGCAGUCGCGCCAGCCCGGGAGCCGACGAAGACGGUCUACUGGAGUUCCUACGUCACAGCUCACCCGCCGACGCGCGGGAACGCAGCGCCUGGGGCAGCCUGGACCGGUCGUGGUCACGUCGCGGCGCAGCGCGUGCCAGACUAGAGAUCCCGGAGCGCGAGCGCGCGCCCUCCCCGCGCGCGGCCGAGCCGGCAUCCGACGCGCCCGACCCCGCGCCCGCCAAACCCAAAGAGUGGCGCCAGAAGAUCGAGUCGUGGCUCCGCGCCAACAGUCAAGAGGAGCGGCGAGAGGCCGAACUACGGGAGCGCGCGCGCAGGCUACAAGCCCAUCGGCGCUCUUUGGAAAACGACUCCGAGAGCGAGCGAAGUGCGACCCUGGACCCUCUGCCGGAAGCGCGCGGCGACUGGCGGCCCGCCGUGCUGCCUGAUAGUGACGUCGUGCGCGCGCUCGAGACUGUUGAAGAUGUGCAACCGCAAAACAAAGACCGCGUGCCGUGGCGAAAGACUGAAGAGAACGAAGAGAUGAGACGUCUUCGGCGGCAGCGCUCGCGACCGCAGCUCGACACACAAUCCUCGCUCGUCUCCAUCACAGAGGAAGAGAAACGCCGCCUACCCGACAUACAGGUCACCUCCGAAAAGGAGAGCCGCUUAGAACGAACUGACAGAGAAAUAGACGCUGACAAUAUUGAAACACCACCGGUACAAAGGAAGAUGUUCAACCCCCCACCAGAGAGGGAACCCUGCAGAAAGUUCCAGCCGUCCUUAUCCAAGUUUAACAUGAACGAUAAAGCGACAGCAGAAAUGAAGGAUCUCUGCCAGGAGAUAUUAGGAGACGGACAGUUUGACAGGUUCUCAGCUGCCAGAAGAACGAGGAGGUACAAACGAAAUACCGAUUCCAGUUCCCCAGAAGAUGAGAAGAAACCUGAGGUUCCAGUCACGGAAUUGGUAGCAGAAACGCAAGUGAUCAGACCCUCUAAGCUAGAAGUCCAAGCGUCAUAUGCAGUGGAGACUCCUCAAGAAGUAGCGAAGCCGAUAGAAGCGGUCGUCAAAGACGAAAAGGAGCACAGGCUCAAACGCUGGCAGGACCGACUCAAGAACCAAAGCACAUCCACACCGACCAAAGAAACUAAGCCUACGUAUUCCAGGUUGAGGCGGCAGACGUCUAUAAAUCAAGAAGACGUCCAGAAAGCGAUUAGGGAGCUGAAAUCUCCGACGGAGACCCCGACGGGAGUAUGGUCGAGGAACGCGUAUAGGAAAUCGACGAAUUCGAAGACCGAAAAGCCUACUGUGGAGAGAACGACGUCCCCGCGCAUGUCGAAGGUCAAAAGCGAGCACGAGCUCAACGACGAAGGCUUCGAGGAGACUCAAAGCCUCAACUCCGAAAGCGCGUCCCAAGGCGCGUCCUCCGGCUGCAACGUAGACUGCGACUCGCCCGUCCCCAAGCCGACGAAAACCCCCGACAUUCCAAAGAGAAUACCGACCAAAGACACCAAAACCCUUCCGCGGACGCCGUUGGACCCAAAGCGAGCCGUUCCUAAACGAACCAGCUCUCUAAGAGUUGAGCGGUCUACUUCAAGAGCUUCCUUGCGAAGUUCUAGAAGCUCAUUGAACAGUUCAGCAUCAGUGGCCACUGUGAAGCGUGCCCCUACCCCAGUGAAGCCCGCUCCAAAGCCUGUCCCGAAGCCAGUGUCCCGCAUGCCAGCGUCCCGCUCUUCCUCCUCAGGCAGCUCGGUGGGAGCGUCCCGACCUCCGCUGAAGACUGUCCCAAGGACUUCAGGUUUCAUGCGUCCCACCCAGGCUUCCAAAGGUCGCGGCGGUCUUAGCCCCCAACAGAUCAUACGGGCCAGUGUCAAGUAACCAAACUAAAUUUUUAUGUCAGGGUAAACCUUUGAGUAAGAUACUAGUGCCUUACGCUGUGAAUCCACUAGGCAAUACUUGACUUUGAAUCUGUUUUUUCAUUUCUUUUUGUUUAUAAUAACUGGCAACACAGUUCUAGUUGUUGUUGCCCAGUGGACACACAGCUUUAAUCUAAAAGUAUAGUUCGACUUUCAAAGUAUUGAAUUAACGUGUUUUGAAAAUCAAAUUGUACUAACGAAUCCAGUGUUCGAGUAUUUGUUUAAAAAUGUUACAUUUUUCGCAUGAAACGAGUAACCCUAUGUUUAGUAUAGCGUUAUCUCUUUCUGGCAAUGAUAAAGUAACAUAACAAGUAUAGCAAGGCACAGUUUAGUAAUAAAUAAAAAAAUAUAAAAUUAUUAACCAACAAAUAAUAAAAAAAUAUUAUUGGAAUCUUCAGAUGCAAAAGGCGAUAGAAUCUCAACACAAUCUGAAGUUUUCAAUGACUGAUUAUUAUAAUUUAAAUAAUAAUGUUUUCAUAGAUCUGCGUUAGUUUCGAAAAUUUUAAAAUAAGUUAUAUUUCAUUUUUAAUUUGACCCGUACGUUAUUAUUAUGAUUUAAAAUAAGUAAUAAAAAUAAAAUAAAAAUCACUACAUGUAUGUGCCACGAAUAAGUACGGGUAUUUUAAACAUUAUUUUAAAUCACCAGAUUUCUUACUUUAAUGGACGAGUGGUCCGGAUAUUAUUUAUUUUAAAAAGGUGCAAAAAUCCAGUUUAAACUGGUAGAAACCGGAUCGACAGUCUGUUAAGAAUCCCAGUUUAAUAUAAAGUCAUUAAUUUAAUAUUAUACCGUUUUAUUAAAGCUUGUAAGUAUUUUAUGUAAUUAAGACUAUGAUAAGUAUGUAUUUUAAAUAUAUUUUAAAACAAAGACGUAGAUAAUGAUCUGAUUUUUAUACGUAAUAGAGUCUAGAAUGGCUUUGAUAUUGAUCAAAAGGAUUGUGUCACAAAAUGCGAAGCAUACGCUCUAUAUUAUAAUUAAAUAAUACUGUCUUUAAGAUCCUUAACACCAAUGUUUUAUUGUAUGUGUUUACUAAACUAAAUACAAUAAAUUUAUAUACAUA